GCGGUAGAUGAGAGUGAAUGGUGAAGCGCGGUGUUCUCUCCUCAGUGAAGAGCAGGGCAGCAGCUGAAGCGCUGGAUUUAGGCUCGUUUACAGCCCGUCAGUCGCGAUGGGAGCUCUGGGUGUGUUUGUGGGCUUCAGCUGGUGGAUUUCCCCGCUGCUUCUGUGGACAGGUGCAGCCGCCUUUAACCUGGACACCCAGACCGUGCUGAGGAAAGACGGAGACCCGGGCUCUCUGUUCGGCUUCUCCAUCGCCCUGCACCGCCAGCUCCAGCCCGAGGACCGGAGAAUAUUGUUGAUUGGAGCGCCCAGGGCCAAAGCUUUAGCCUAUCAGAGAGCUAACAUCACCGGGGGUUUGUACAGCUGUGACAUUACCGCCCACACUGAUGACUGCAAUCGGAUUGAGUUUGACAAUGAAGCUGAUGCGCAAAAGGAGAGUAAGGAGAAUCAGUGGAUGGGUGUAACUGUGCAGAGUCAAGGGCCAGGUGGAAAGAUUGUGACAUGUGCCCACCGCUAUCAGAGGCGGCUGUUUGUGAACAGCCCACAAGAGUCACGUGACAUCACCGGCCGCUGCUACGUUCUCAGUCAGGACUUGAGCAUUGACAGCCAGUCAGACGAGGAUGGUGGGAACUGGAAGUUCUGUGAAGGGCGUGCCAGAGGUCAUGAAAGGUUCGGAGCCUGUCAGCAGGGCCUGGCUGCCGCCUUUACCAAUGACUACCAUUACCUCAUCUUUGGAGCCCCAGGAGCUUACAACUGGAAAGGCAUUGUGCGAGUAGAACAGAAGAACAACACCUUGUUGGAAAUGGGCUUUUAUGAUGAUGGACCAUAUGAGGUUGGAGAUGAAAGUCGUCUGAACCCUGAACUGGUGCCUGUUCCUGCUAACAGUUACUUAGGUUUCUCUCUGGAUUCUGGCCACAGCAUUACUGAGAAGGGCAAACUGAUUGUGGUGUCUGGAGCUCCCAGAGCCAAUCACAGUGGAGCGGUAAUCCUGCUGGGGAAAGAGGGUGAGGUGUCCAGCAUGCUCUCACCAGUAUACAUUCUGGAAGGACCUGGACUGGCCUCUUCAUUUGGAUAUGAUGUAGUAGUAGUGGACCUGAAUGGAGAUGGGUGGGAGGACAUUGUGGUGGGAGCUCCUCAGUUCUUUCAGAGAGAUGGGGAGGUGGGCGGAGCUGUGUACAUCUACAUGAACAGGGCUGGAAAGUGGAGCAGUGUGGUGCCCAUCCGCCUCAAUGGAACUAAAGACUCCAUGUUUGGACUGGUGGUGGAGAAGAUUGGUGACAUCAACCUGGAUUCUUAUGAUGAUAUUGCAGUAGGUGCUCCUUAUGCAGAUGGGGGUUCAGGACGAGUGUACAUCUAUCAUGGAUCUGCGGACGGCAUAAACACUAAAGCAGCUCAGGUUCUGGAAGGGAAGCAGCAUGGUAUAAAGAUGUUUGGCUAUUCUUUGGCUGGAAAUAUGGACUUGGAUGAGAACUCCUAUCCGGAUCUGGCUGUUGGGUCUCUAUCCGAUUCAGUGUUUAUUUACAGGUCCAGACCUGUCAUCACUAUGACGAAAGAAAUCAAGGUUACACCAAGGGAAAUUGAUCUGACCAAGAAAACAUGUGGCAACAGUAUUUGCUUAAAUGUUGAAGCUUGCUUCACCUACAAAGCGAACCCACCCACAUACAGUCCUAAACUAAGGAUUUCCUACACACUGGAGGCAGAGUCAGUCCGCAGGAAGCAGGGAAUGCCCUCCAGAGUGUCCUUCCAGGAUAAGAAACCAACAGAUCAGGAUUUCCAGUCUACAGGCUCACUGGAGCUCAAAGGGCAGAACAAGAGAGCCUGCUACAAGACCAAACUCCGGCUGCAGGAAAACAUCAAGGAUAAGCUCAGAGCAAUCCCCAUUGAGGUGUCUGUGGAUAUUGCAAGCGCCAAAAGAGGCAAAAGACAGAACUCUUUACCAGAGCUGGUGCCAGUGCUGGACUCCAGUCUGCCCAGCAAAAACAGCACAGAGGUCAACUUCCUAAAGGAAGGGUGUGGGACUGAUAACAUCUGCCAGAGUAACCUGCACCUUCAGUACAGAUUCUGUUACAGAGAAUCCAAUCAGGACAUCUUUCCCCCAUUACCUGUGAAGAAUGGUGUUGCGGUUGUUUCUCUGAGUGAUCAGAAGGACAUCGCUCUGGAAGUCACAGUGAGGAACAGGAAUGGAGAUGAUGCUCAUGAAGCCAAACUUGUAGGACAGUUUGGGGACUUGCUCUCAUACUCUGGAUUCAGGUCCCACAGAAACAGCAUGAGCAGCAAAGACAAACAAGUGAUCUGUGUAGCCAAUCAGAAUGGCUCCCAAGCAGACUGUGAGCUGGGAAACCCUUUUAAAAGAGAUUCUGAGGUCACAUUUUACAUCAUACUGAGCACUGCCAGGAUCUCACUCAACACCACAGAAGUCGAAGUUGAUCUCCAGCUGGAGACAACAAGCCUUCAGGAGGGUUUGCGUAAAGUACGAGCGAAGGCUAAAGUUAUGAUUGAGCUUCUGCUGUCUGUGCAAGGGAUUGCUAAGCCCUCUCAGGUGUAUUUUGGAGGAGUUGUUAAAGGAGAAAGCGCCAUGAAGUCAGAGGAGGAUGUUGGCAGUUUGAUCGAUUAUGAAUUCAGGGUAAUUAAUUUGGGCAAGCCUCUGAAAUCGUUUGGCACAGCCUAUCUCAACAUCCAGUGGCCUAAAGAAACUUCCACGGGGAGGUGGCUUCUAUACCUGGUGAAGAUCAACUCUAAAGAAUUGGAGGAGAUCAAAUGUUCACCUGAGAAGGAGAUAAACCUUUUGGGACUGACCGAGCGUUCAUCCAGGAAGAAGCGUGAAGCAGAAGAAAGCAGAAGCACAGAAACCAGCAAAACAUCAGUUUUUACAGAUCAAAGGAAAUACAAAACUCUGUCCUGUCUUGGAGAUGCAAGAUGUGUGGAGAUCAAGUGCCCUCUGCUGAACCUGGACAGUAGUGCAGACAUAAUUCUGAGGUCACGGCUUUGGAAUGCUACAUUCAUUGAAGAAUUUUCAUCUUAUAAUUAUCUGGAUGUGAUCGUGCAUGCAUCCAUCAGUCUCGAUGUUUCUGCCAAGAACAUUGUGCUGAAAAACCCUGAGACACAGGUGAGACUGACUGUGUUCCCCGAAAAUACUGUGGCUCACUAUGGUGGGGUUCCAUGGUGGAUAAUCCUGGUGGCUGUGUUGGCUGGCAUCCUGAUGCUAGCUCUAUUAGUACUUCUACUUUGGAAGUGUGGAUUUUUCAAACGUUCCAAGAAUGAUGACAGUGUUCCUAAAUACCAUGCUGUGAGGAUCCGGAAGGAGACACGCCACUUUAACGAUGAUAGCGUCAUGUUCGAUCCCUUUGAGAAGAAGCAGUGGAUGACUACGUGGAGUGAGAACGAGAGCUACUCCUGAGACGUUUUCUUUUCUACAUUGUCUGAAACACUGUAGGACCAUCUGGUGUCCAAUCAAGAUUCAGGGACAUGGAUUCAGGACUUCAUACAGUCUGUGUUGGCAGACCGAAGAAGCAAACUGCAAGAGAAAGACUCUGUGUACUGGAUUUAAAAACAGCAAUGAUCAGGCAAUGGUUGAGUGUAAAUUAAAGAUAUAUUUUGUUUUUACUUCGCCUGAAAAGUCUUUGCACAUACUCUGGAAACUGGAGCAACCCUUACAUUCUGUUUGUAUACUUGGACUAUUUCUAAAGUACUGAGUAUGAUUUGAUUUUGUAAAUAUUGAAGUUCUUUUACAUAUUUUUUUAUUUAUUUUUUUGUCUCAAUCUUAAUAGGCCAAAGAUUUUCCAAGUUAUUUCUUAAACUGUGAAGUUUUUUUUUAAAGCAAAAAAAGAAAAGUGUCACAAGCACAAUCGUAUUCUGAGGAUUGGAGUUACCAGUGGAGAGAGAAGAAAAUGAUGGCUGUUAUUUACAUUGAUUAAAAAAAUUUAAACUUAGAAA